GAUACUGGGAUAGGUUAUGAAACAAGAUUAUGGCUACUACAGCAACUAAUCGUACCUUGGCUUUUCUCACAAGUUCUCCCUCACUGUCCUUCAUACGCUCGUUAUCAGCCACUCCAUUGCUCAGAUCUAAUGUGAAAAUAUCAGACGAGGCCAUCUUCACCUCAGAACACGUUGAAAUGAGAGGAGCCCUAAACAAGCUCAUAGAAAAAGAAAUAAAUCCUUAUGUGGACGAAUGGGAGGCUGCCCGCUCCUUCCCAGUUCACUCUGUCAUCAAGAAGCUAGGGGAAGGAGGUUUCCUCGGGCCUACACGAGACCCAGAAUACGGUGGACUGGGGCUAGACUAUUCCUACUCAAUUGCCAUAGCUGAGGAGCUUGGAAGCAUCACCUGUGGUGGAGUACCGAUGGCUAUUGGAGUGCACUCUGACAUGGCUACUCCUGCUUUGGCAAGAUUUGGUAGCGACGAGUUAAAGAAAGAGUUCCUGGCCCCAUCCAUUGCUGGAGAUGUUGUGGCCUGUUUGGGUGUCAGUGAAGUUGGCAGUGGAUCUGAUGUGGCCAGCAUUAAGACAACUGCACUACCCAAAAAAGGUUCUGAUGAUUUGGUGAUCAAUGGUGGUAAGAUGUGGACUACAACAGGGACCAAAGCUGACUGGAUGUGUUUGUUAGCAAACACAAGAGAGGGUGACCCUCAUCGCAAUAAGUCCCUCAUCUGUCUCCCAAUGAAUACACCUGGUGUCUCCGUUGCUAAGGAGAUCAAGAAGAUUGGUAAUUAUUCGUCGGACACUGCUCAGAUAUACUUUGAUAAUGUUGUGGUCCCACGUAAGAAUAUAAUUGGAGAGGAAGGACAAGGGUUCACUUACCAGAUGCUCCAGUUUCAGGAGGAAAGGAUGUGGGCCGUUGCAUCAAUAUUAUUACCAAUGGAAAGGAUUAUGCAGGCUACAGUUGAAUACUGUCGAGAGAGGAAAGCAUUUGGAAAGAGUAUACUUGAUAACCAGGUGGUACACUACCGAUUAGCUGAGCUGGAGACAGAGUUAGAGUCAAUCAGAUCAUUUCUAUAUAGGCUAGUGGGUCUGUAUGUUGCUGGUCAUGAUGUCACUAAACUGGCCUCAAUGGCUAAACUGAAAGCUGGUAGACUGACAAGAGAGAUAACUGAUAGCUGCUUGCAGUAUUGGGGAGGAAUGGGAUACACUGAUGAAGUACCAGUCAGCAGGGCCUGGAGGGAUACAAGGUUACUGUCCAUUGGAGCUGGAGCAGAUGAAGUGAUGCUGUCAAUCAUUUGCAAACUAUCUGGAACACUUCCCAAAUAAAUUCUUAUGUAUCCAAAGUUAUUGUAUACCAAAGUAAAAUGCUAUUUAUAAUUAUUGUUCUUUUAUUUUAUGAUACUGU